UAAGCCGUAGGGUUGAAAGCGUGUGAAAAAAGUCGCGGUUUAUAGGCCGGUAUAUAUGGUAUGUAGCGUUUCUUCCAGUAAACCGAAGUGCUUCCUGGCAUGUUGUAGCACAACGUCGUACUACACUGAAGGUCUGCUACGAGGAAUUUGGACUCAUCUGUAUCCUGUAAAAAUAAAACACAAUAUCUUAUAAAUCCUUCAUAUUACAGGAGUGUAAAUAAUGAACCGUGAUAUAGGUUCACUGUACUUCCCUUCCAGUGGUAAUAUAGUAGCUUGAAAGAGGCCAGUAAAUUCCGAUUCUUGUACUUUUAUGUCGAUUGAUUGAUUGAUUGAUGGCUGCGAUUUCCCCUAACGUUUGUCUUCCUUGCAGCAGCAAAAGAACCUGGAAGGAUAUGUCGGCUUCGCAAGCCUCCCCAACCAAGUAUACAGGAAGUCGGUCAAGAGGGGCUUUGAGUUCACACUGAUGGUUGUCGGUGAGUCGGGGUUGGGCAAAUCCACGCUGAUCAACUCCCUCUUCCUCACCGACCUGUACUCAUCAGAAUAUCCCGGACCUUCGCAUAGAAUCAAGAAGACAGUCCAGGUGGAACAGUCCAAAGUGCUCAUAAAGGAAGGCGGCGUGCAACUGUUGCUCACAAUCGUUGACACCCCUGGCUUCGGAGAUGCCGUCGACAACAGCAACUGCUGGCAGCCAAUCAUUGAUCACAUCGACAGCAAGUUUGAGGACUACUUGAACUCAGAAUCGCGGGUGAACAGACGACAGAUGCCUGACAGCCGAAUUCACUGCUGUCUCUACUUCAUCGCGCCCUCCGGGCACGGCCUGAAGCCCCUGGACAUCGAGUUCAUGAAGCGUCUGCAUGAGAAAGUCAAUGUCAUCCCGCUGAUCGCCAAAGCAGACACGCUCACGCCAGAGGAAUGCCAGCAGUUCAAGAAGCAGAUCAUGCGGGAGAUCCAGGAGCACAAGAUCAAGAUCUACGAGUUCCCUGAGACGGAUGAUGAAGAAGAGAACCGUUUAGUGAAGAAGAUCAAGGACAAGCUGCCAUUGGCCGUGGUGGGCAGCAACACCAUCAUCGAGGUGAAUAGCAAGCGCGUCAGAGGACGACAGUACCCCUGGGGGGUUGCAGAAGUUGAGAACAGUGACCACUGUGACUUCACCAUCCUCCGGGACAUGCUCAUCAGGACUCACAUGCAGGACUUGAAGGACGUGACAAACAACGUCCACUACGAGAACUACCGCAGCAGGAAACUGGCCGCCGUCACCUACAACGGUGUAGAGAACAACAGGGCCAAGGGGCAACUGUCCACCAAACUUGACGCCGUUGAAGGAAUGAGUCCCCUGGCCCAGAUGGAGGAGGAGCGGCGGGAGCACGUGACCAAGAUGAAGAAGAUGGAGAUGGAGAUGGAGCAAGUGUUUGAAAUGAAAGUCAAGGAGAAAGUGCAGAAGCUCAAGGACUCGGAAGCAGAGCUUCAGCGGCGCCACGAGCAGAUGAAGAAAAACCUGGAGGCGCAGCACAAGGAGCUGGAGGAGAAGCGGCGCGUGUUUGAGGAGGAGCGAUCCAACUGGGAGGCCCAGCAGCGCCUGGAGCAGCAGAAACUGGAGGCCUCCAGAACUCUGGAGAAGAACAAAAAGAAAGGCAAGAUCUUUUAAAGAGACAGUCAUCAAGGACCAGCCCGUGUCCACUUAGUUCUGUUUGCCAACGUUUGCCGCUCAGGGCACCAUCAGUGUGUGGCACUGACAACACCCACUCCCCUCCCCCCAUUCCCCACCCCAACCUUACCUCCAUCUUCUUUUCCAGACCCAGUGUUUGUUUAUAAAUAUAUAUAUAUAUAUAUAUAUAUAUAUAUAUAUAUAUAUAUAUAUAUAAUAUGUGUGUGUGAAAUCAAUUUAGAAACACCCCUUACGCACGCACACAUAUACAUACACACACUCACUGCGUCGGGACUCAUCAUCAUUGAAGAAUGUGUUUACCUUAACAACAGUAAAGCGUCAAAAUUAGAAAAAAAAAAGCCAAACCCUAUUAUUAUUAUUAUUAUUAUUAUUAUUGGUGUUGUUCUUAUUGUUGUAAUACUGGCCCGGCCCCUUCCCCGAGCAUUCCCUUUUCCUCCCAAGCAAGGUUGCUUUUUAUUGGACGUGGUGUUACUUUAUUUUAUUUUUUUUUGGGGGGGGGGGUUGUUGUACAAUCGCAUUUGUUUACAGGACACAAAUAAGAAUAUACAGUACAAUAAAGGUGGACACUCUUCCUUGUUUUGACGCAGGUAGAUUAAUCUUAGUUUUCGCUCUUUCAGUGAAAAAUGGAAGAAAAUACCAAGAACAACUUUUUUUUUUUUUUUUGGGACUUGGGCCUCUUUAUAGACUCAAGUCCUAUCUUAAGCUUAUUAUUUCUGCAGGUGAACGUGUGUAUUUUUUUUUUCUCUCUCCCCAUCCCUCCGUGUUUAGCCAUCUCCCGAAAGCAUUGGACCACCCUUUCUAUAAUGUUCAAAGUAUUAUAUUUCACUUUAGUUUUAUUUUUAUAUACAAAUAUAUACCGAGCCAGCUUGAAGUAAGACCUGCUUUUGUACAUGUAGAAGAAGAUUAAAAAACUCGGAUGAGAGAGAGCUGCAUCCACUAAGUUUUCUAAUCAACACACCCCGCAAAAUAGAUUAAGAAAAUAACGACAAAAAACCCCGAAUAUAUUCCAGUCAUGCUACGUUCAAAUGCCAGUGGGAAAUGAAGAGUCAACACCAUUUUUCUUUUUUUUUUUUUUUUUGCUUUUGGCUAUGUACUCCUCUUGUAUUUUUAAUGUUAUUUUUCAUUUGUAUUGUACAAAGUCACUUAAUAAACCUGUGAUCAUA